AUGUAUUCAGGUUUAAUAAGUAGAAAUUUGUCUGAAGCGUUCAUUUAUAUUCCAUAUGAAAAUGCAUUUGGUGAAAAACAAUGGUUGCUGUCGACUAAAAUUUCAAGUACCGGAGACGCAAGUAAAAUUUUUCCAUGUUGGUUCGAUGACGGCUCGACAAAAACAACUUUUGAAUUAUCCCUCAGACAUAAUCGAGAACACACAGCACUUUCUAAUACGCGACGUCGAUUAUCAGCUCUAUCUCCAACUGAUUAUAAUAAUGAAUGGACAAUUUUCGAAAAAACGCCAUUACUAUUUCCUCAACAGUUGGCUUUUAUUAUCGGUAAUUUUGAGCGCUCAACACAUUACGAUGAAGCUUACCGUGUAUGGACGUUAACAGAUGCCGAUAAUAAUUACGAAUAUAUAUCUAUUAUUGGAGGUAAAAUAUGGAGUGCUAUGAAAAAUUUAACCGGCAUAACUAAUCACGAUAAAAUAAUUAAAAAUUUUGAUUUCGUUAUCCUACAUAAUGUUAUUUUACCGCAAGUCAAUCCAUUUUAUAGCUACGGAAUUCUUAUCACCAAUAAUGAAAUUGUCACCUUUAUCAAAAAUAAUUCAGAAAUUUUGAAACCGAAAACUAAAUUGCAUCAACAAAUAUCGUUUUCUAUUUGCAUGCAGUGGUACCCAUUUUACAAUUUUCAGUCUAAUAAUGAUAAUGACGUUUUUCUCAAUUAUGGAGUUAUUGCUUAUUUAGUAGCAGCUACAACUGAUCAAUUUUAUGAAUCCCCAUAUGCAGUCGAAAAAAUUAUUCAUCAGGUUUCUGAUUCCCGCGAUCUUGACCUCACGAUUAUAAAAAUAUUGCAUAUUAUUGGUGAAACAAAUUUGCGUAAUUUAUUGCACAACUUAGCUGUGGAAAGUCAUUUAGGAGUGCUGGAAACAAAUUAUCUUCUCCAAAAAUAUUCUAAAAUAUUAGGCGUUAAUAUUUUGAGAAUGAUGGAAAUUUUGGGUAACUUGUUACUUACGGAGGGAUACCCUGUCGUUAACGUAACCAGAGAUUACUCAAGACAUUCUGUUACUGUCAGACAAAAACGUUUUUUAAAAAAUCCUUCAGAAAAUUCGAAUGAAAAAUACUGGAUUCCACUAAAUUACGCAACUAAAAAUAAUCCAAAUUUCGAUGACACAACGGUCACUCGGUGGAUUAAUCCCGAUUCAAAUAAAAUUGUUAUGUCGGUAGCAGCAACUAAUGAUCAAUGGAUUAUAUGCAAUAAGCAGCUGAUUGAAAAUCAUUCUCCGGUUCUUCUAUUUCCUAAAAAUUCCGUUUUUCAGGUAUCACCGGCUAUUAUUCCCUCACGUCAUACUGAUGACUUUGAUCUAAAGAAUAUUUAUACGUCUAUUGAAAAUUUAUUAGAUCGUUACAAGUGGGGCAACGGUAGACAGUGUCUUUUAAAAAGUAUUUGCGAGCUUGCAGAAACUCCAUUGAGCAAAGUAAACAGCGACAUCCUCGUUGAUGUUGUUCAUUUAUUACUGACUCCAACGGAAGAUUUACCGGAGAAAGUUAAUUCAAGUCACCGUACCAUCGACAAAUUGUACCGUCAAGCUGAACUGUUGGGUAGAUCCGGUGGUGACUGUACUUGGAGUUAUCCCGAUUGCAUCGAAUCACCUCUCAAGUCAUUUACCCAAAUUGUAUUUACUUGA